AGGCGCGGAGGAGGCGCGGCCGCCACAGGACGCCUGUCUCGGCCCGGCCACCGGACAGGCGCCUCCGGCUCUCACCGGCCCGCCUGCUGCUUUCGGCCCGCGGCGGCGGCGGCGGCGGCGGGCGGCAUGCGCGUGUGAGAUGCGGCCGCGGGCAGCCCGGACGCGAGCAGCGGCCGCCGCGGUAGCGGAGAAGGCGGGCGCGGCCUCCUCAGCGCCGGGCGCGCAGUGCAUGAGGGCGAGCACGCGGGCUCUGGGCAGCCGCCGGCCACGCCGCCUUCAUAAACAUUUGUUUAGGACUCGUUCGCCCCGCUGAGGCCGCGGCGCCCCCGCCAUGGAGGCCCCGUCCGACCCCGGGCCCCAGGCCUCGGUCUCGGCCUCAGCCUCAGCCUCAGUCUCAGCCUCGGCCGCGGCGCCGCUGCGUGCCCCGGAGGUGGCGCGGCUCCGCGAGGAGCAGGAAAAGGUGGUCACUAACUGCCAAGAGAAAAUCCAGCAUUGGAAGAAGGUAGAUAAUGACUAUAAUGCCCUGCAAGAAAGACUCAGUACCUUGCCCGAUAAAUUGUCAUAUAAUAUCAUGGUACCAUUUGGCCCCUUUGCCUUCAUGCCAGGAAAGCUUGUCCAUACUAAUGAAGUUACUGUUUUACUUGGGGACAAUUGGUUUGCAAAGUGCUCAGCAAAGCAGGCUGUGGGCUUAGUCGAGCAUCGGAAAGAACAUGUAAGAAAAACAAUAGAUGAUUUAAAAAAAGUGAUGAAAAAUUUUGAAACCAGAGUUGAAUUCACAGAAGAUUUGCAAAAAAUGAGUGAUGCUGCAGGUGAUAUUGUUGAUAUAAGAGAAGAAAUUAAAAGUGACUUUGAAUUUAAAGCAAAACACCGAAUUGCUCAUAAACCUCACUCCAAACCAAAAACUUCAGAGAUUUUUGAAGCAGAUUUUGCAAAUGAUGUAAAAUCCAAGAAUUUGCUUGCUGAUAAGGAACUGUGGGCUCGACUUGAAGAACUAGAGAGACAAGAAGAAUUGCUGGGUGAACUUGAUAGUAAGCCUGGUACUAUGAUUGCAAAUGGAGAGGAUACGACAUCUUCUGAAGAAGAAAAGGAAGAUCAGAAUAUAAAUGCGCAUGUGAUGCAUCAAGUAACAGACUCUGUUACUUCGAGCAGCUGUUAUAAGGAUGUUACACAUUCAGAACUGUUCAGUGGUCAAAUGAAUGGCAUUCAUACAGUGAACGGUUCAAAUUCUUACCACAGUAAUGAAGAUGAUGAUGAUGAUGGUGGUGGUGAUGAUGGUGGUGGCGAUAAUGAAAAUGACCAGGAUGCUUUAGGGGUUGGAGAUCAUUCUAUACCAACAAUAUAUUUUUCUCAUACGGUCGAACCUAAGAGGGUCCGAAUAAAUACUGGAAAAAAUACCACUUUAAAAUUCAGUGAAAAGAAAGAAGAAGCCAAACGUAAACGAAAGAACAGCUCUGGCAGUGGUCAUUCUGCCCAAGAGCUGCCUACUAUCAGGACUCCUGCUGAUAUUUAUAGGGUCUUCGUUGAUGUUGUGAACGGGGAAUAUGUCCCUCGUAAGUCCAUCCUGAAGUCUCGCAGCAGAGAAAACAGUGUUUGCAGUGAUACCAGUGAAAGCAGUGCCGCUGACUUUGAUGACAGACGGGGAGUUCUGAGGAGUAUUAGCUGUGAAGAGGCCACUUGUAGUGACACUAGUGAGAGUAUUUUGGAAGAGGAACAAGAAGAAAACCAUCAUAAGAAACUUUUGCCCUUAUCAGGAACACCUGAGGCUUUUUCUGGAACUGUAAUAGAAAAAGAAUUUCUGUCGCCCUCCUUAACACCACACCCAACCAUGGUUCAUCCUGUGCUACCCACCAUUCCAGAACGAAAAGAAGUUCUGUCAGAAGUAUCAGAAGAAACUACAAAGAGGGUUUCAAAGUUCAAAGCUGCCAGAUUGCAGCAGAAAAACUAGGGCCUGCCUAGGCAAUGGUAGUUUACAUCCUGGAACCUAGUUUUGCAUUUCUUUAGAAUCUGUAUCACAAAAUACGUUACAUGUAGUUUGAAAUAAGGCGUCCAGAAUUCAUUUGGCAGCAAGAUCUCAUACUGUUAUCAGUGGUAUUAAAAAUCAAAGUAAAUGUUUGAAUACUUUAAUAUUCAGCUUGUUUUGUUAAUUCUCUGAAUACUGUCAAUACUGUUGUCUUAAGUUUUCUUAUGAUGCACUGGCAGUAUUUAGAAUUAUCUUUCAAAGAAUACUGUUCAUAUGCAUUGUUUUUGUGUUUUGAACUAAAUAUAAGCAGUUUUGUACCAGCUGUGAAGUUGUGCGUACCAUAUGGACCAUUUUAAGGAAACUUCUAAAAUUUCAGAUAGAUUCAACAAUUAUAUUACUUGCUUUAGCAUUUUAAAAGCACUUUAAAAAAAAUCUACUUCUGUAGGUUUUGCAGCUAGGUGGCUAUUUAAAAAAAUUCUCCCCUUUGUUGGUCAUUCUAUCAUCUCUGAGGCAGAAAGCUACAUGUACCCUAUGGGAAAGUUUCUUUGAUUGGAAGAAUGGUAUUUUGUAAAACAUUUUUUUUUCUAGUAAAAAUUUUAUGAAACUUGGUCUCUAAAAUGUGAACUUUUAUGAUUCAGAAUUGAAUACAGAAAUGUCUUUGAUUCAUAUACAUGCUACCUGCACCACACAGUGGUUCCUUGAAUUCAUGUAAUUCCGUAGGCAAUUCUUCUCCCUUGGUGUGUUCACUUUUAACUGGAAUUAUAUUUUGGGAGAGAAGUAAGGUUGUGUAGAUGCUAAGAAAAAUUACCAGAUUUUUUAAAUAAGAAAUUUUAUGUUUUAAUUUUCCAACAUUUUCAUUCUCUAAGGCUACUUUCCUACUAGUAAAUAAUUGAAAUAACAUAUUUACUGUUAGCAAAAAUCCUUAAAAUAAAGAGAAAUUUAUUCUAACAUUGAAAAUUAUACUGCAAGUGUUAAUCAUUAGCUUGAUGCAUGCUGAAAUGUAGCUUUUAAAAAGCAUUCUGCAUUAGUACUAAAAUAAGCCAUCAGUGCCAGUCCACCCUCUAUUCAUGGCUAAAUAUUUAAAGGUUAUUUAUAGCUUCUUUAAUGAAUUCUUGCUUAAACAAAGUGAAAUUAUGUCCUAGAAAAGUAGAAGCUAUUUGUAACUAGAACAGCACAACUGUAAAAGUUUUAUGAAUAUGUAUUUUAGUAAUACGGGGGUGAGCCUGAAUCUCCACAAGUUAAUGGAUAAUUCAGAACAGAGGACUGAUUUUGAAAGAUAGCCUAAAAAUGUAGAUUUGUUCUUUAGUAAAGUUUAAUGAACUGUGCAUAUAUUUUUAGUUAAAACUGUUUUCUCUCAGCCCAUCCCCCACAAAAAUUAAACCAAACUGAGAGUACCAUCAUACACACAGAAGAGUUCUGACUCCCAAUUGCUAUUCAAGUUAGCCCUGCUGGAUAUUCUCCCAGAAACAAACUUUAUUUGUGGGACUAUUGCGAUAUUCUUUACAGGCAUGUAAUUUCAAGAGUACUGUCAUUAAAUAAUUUUUCAUAAUUUGA